CGUAAUUCCUUCACCGCCACUGCCGUUCCUUCUCGUACUCCCACCGCCACCACCCCACGACCUCUUCCAAUUCCACCGGCCACCGAUAUAAAUAACCCCUACCCUCUCUGCUUUUUCAGGUUUUGCUCUCCCUCACUUUAUCCAGAUCUAAAAAAACAACAUACAGGAAGCUUACAUUCAUUAUAUAGCCCAGAUAUAAUGGAAAUUGGUUCUACCUCUACCAAUACAAGAAAUGAUGAGAGCCGUCGUGAACAAAGAAACUUCAGACGCCGACUUAGGUAUCGUGAGGCACGUGAAAAGGCAAAAACAGAGAAUGUCAGUCCACCAACGCAAGCUGAAUUUACCCCCCCCUUCUACAACCACCGAAGGUCCGACCAAUGGAUGUAGAACAACCUCUCCUAGAUGUUACUCCCAGUUCCAGAUCGUGGAGGUGCAAAGUUAAUGUAAUAGAGAAGCUGAAUACAAGACAGGCACGUCGGGAUCCCGAAAAAACUUACAAAUCCGUGAUCAUGCAAGAUGGUGAGGGACACAGAGUCAAGGGAAUGAUUUAUGGAAUAGAUAUUCCUUUCGUUGACGAUCGCCUUCACUUGAACAAAUCAUAUGUCAUAUCAAAUGCCAGGGUGACUCCCGUCAUGGAAAGAUACUCAGUUCCCGAUGAACAAUACAGAUACACUUGGACACUGAAUAGAAGAACAUUGAUUAUCGAUGUCAAUCCAGAGCACCAGCUCUUUAUCCAAGCAAACCUCGAGGCACCUAUUGACCCAUUUCACACUUUUUAUCUAGCUAUGCUAAGCAAGUCAAGUUUAAAUGUGCUGGCAACUGUACUUGCUAAACUACCAAGGCGGUGUGUUUUCACUUCACAAGGGAAACAAAUAAUAAGCGAUUUUGUUCUCAUGGACCAGGAAUGUAAGCCGAUCAUCUUAAGAAUGUGGGGUGAUUUCGCAACACUUCAGGGAACUCAUAUCCAAGAGUUACUGGAUGCAGGCACAUACCCAAUUAUAUUCGCAAAGAGGAUUCAUGCCACGUCUUUCCAAGGGCUGCAACUCACAACUCGUUACGAUACAUCCAUCGAGAUACAGCCAACUAUCUCACCGAUGGUUGCUCUAAAUCAAUGGACAUCAUUAAACAAGGAUGCUAUCCAGAACGCCAUUCAAUCAGAAGUUUACAAGGAUGCUUUAAGUUUCUUUGUGGCUCCGGAAGACAUUCAGAAAACAGCCAUCUCAGCUGUGCUUUCUUCAUACAAAGAGGACGAAAUAUACUGGAUAGAAGGCCAAUUACAGCUUCAAGAGCAUGGGCCAACUCCUUACUACAUUGGAUGCAGUACUUGUAACCGCAAAGUUGAGUUUGAGGUUGAAGAUACCUACCAGUGCAGUGAAUGCGGAGACAAGGAAUCAAGGACUAUAAAAAGGUUCAGAGUCUCUGCUGAGCUAGGUGAUGAAGAAAACAAAAUACAGUUCACUCUUUUCACCGAAAAUCUGAAAAAAAUUGCACGCUCACUAGAGAUGAACACACCAAUGGAAUUAAUGGAUAUCGACGACCUGAACAAAGGGCUCAGAUCAAUGGUCAUCACAGCUGCUGUACAGUUACAGCGAGCCACUUACCAAAGACAAGGAAAACCGUUUUCUUUAUUAUGUCUCCAUCAGUUUUCUGACAAACUCAUCAAGGCUGCACCCCUAAAGAGAAAACAAACUGCAAGCCAAGAUGAGUAAAACAUAUGUAGGAGAAAAUUAUAAAAUGACCUCUAAACCAAAUGCCUUUAGUAAAAAAACUUUUGAAAAUGACAUCUAACCACUAUGGAGGUCAUUUUCAGAUUUUGUUAGGUAAGUUUUUGCCUUAACUUUAACCCCUUUAAUACUUAGGUGCAUGUAAGAUAUAUAUAAUGCUAUGCUACAAUGACACUU